CCCCGUAAGCGCAACGACGGGGCGGCGCCGCGCUGAUGUCAGGGGAAGGUCCGCCGGUAUGGCGGGUCCUCUGCGGUUGUUAGCUCUCUGGAGCGGUACCGCGCUGCUUUUCUUACCGUUCCCCGUUUUACCGCGGAGGUCACCCCGCUGUUCGCCUCCCUGCAGCUGCUGGAGGGAGUCGGCGUUGUGCGUGGGGGCGGCGGGGGCUCCCCGCAGCCUGCCCGCCGGCCUGGGCUCCUUGAGCCUGGUAAACGGGACCUUCUCCGAAGUCAAGGACAGGAUGUUUUCCCACCUGCCCUCCCUGCAGCUGCUCUUGCUGAACUCCAACUCCUUCACUGUUAUACGAGAUGAUGCCUUUGCUGGUCUCUUCCAUCUAGAAUACCUAUUCAUUGAAGGAAACAAAAUUGAAACCAUUUCAAGAAAUGCAUUUCGUGGCCUUCGAGACCUGACUCAUCUUUCUUUGGCCAAUAACCAUCUCAAAGGUCUGCCAAGGGAUGUCUUCAGUGAUUUAGAUUCUUUAAUUGAACUAGAUUUAAGGGGAAAUAAAUUUGAGUGUGACUGCAAAGCCAAGUGGUUGUUUUUGUGGUUAAAGAUGACAAAUUCCACUGUUUCUGAUGUCCUGUGUAUUGGUCCAGCAGAAUAUCAGGAUAAGAAGUUAAAUGAUGUGACAAGUUUUGAUUAUGAAUGCACCACUACAGAUUUUGUUGUUCACCAGAUUUUGCCCUACCAGUCAGUUUCAGUGGAUACGUUCAACUCGAAGAACGAUGUGUUCGUAGCCAUUGCACAGCCCAGCAUGGAGAACUGCAUGGUGCUGGAGUGGGAUCACAUUGAAAUGAAUUUCAGGAGUUAUGACAAUAUCACAGGUCAGUCCAUAGUGGGAUGUAAAGCCAUUCUUGUUGGUGACCAAGUCUUUGUGGUGGUGGCGCAGCUGUUUGGUGGCUCACACAUUUACAAGUAUGAUGAAAGCUGGACAAAGUUUGUCAAAUUCCAGGAUAUUGAAGUAUCUCGCAUUUCCAAGCCAAAUGAUAUAGAGCUUUUUGAGAUAGACAGUGAAAUGUUUUUUGUUAUAGCAGAUAGCUCUAAAGCAGGUUUGUCAACAGUGUACAAGUGGAAUAACAAAGGAUUUUACUCAUACCAGUCCCUUCAUGAGUGGUUCAGGGACACCGAUGCUGAGUUUCUUGAUAUAGAUGGGAAAUCACAUUUAAUCCUCUCUAGCCGUUCCCAGGUUCCCAUUAUACUCCAGUGGAACAAAGUUUCCAAGAAGUUUGUCCCACACAGUGAAAUCCCCAACAUGGAAGAUGUCUUGGCAGUGAAGAGUUUCAGGAUGCAAGAUAACCUGUACAUCACGCUCACAAGAUUCAUAGGUGACUCCAGAGUUAUGAAAUGGAAUAGCAAACAGUUUGUGGAGAUACAGGCUCUUCCAUCCCGAGGAGCCAUGACGUUGCAGCCUUUCUCCUUCAAGAACAAUUACUACCUAGCCUUGGGAAGUGACUAUACCUUCUCCCAGAUUUACCAGUGGGACGGUGAAAAGAAGAUCUUCAGAUUAUUUAAAGAAAUCUAUGUGCAAGCACCACGGUCUUUCACAGCUGUGUCAACGGAUCGAAGAGAUUUUUUCUUUGCCUCUAGUUUUAAAGGAAACACUCAAAUAUUUGAACAUAUUGUCAUUGACUUGAGUUUAUGAAAAGCUGCUGGAGUGAAAUUCAUGUAGAAUGACAUUUAUACACAAACAAAACAAAAAGAGACCUUUCCAAAAACAGGCUGCGCCUAUGGAGUAUCAUGACAUUUUCUGAACUUUUCAAACUUGCAUAUUAAUCAGGGAUUGCAUUUACUUGGUUACUGCAUGGCAUGUCCGUUUUAUCCUUUUUCAAAGACACUUUGCAAUCUGCAGUCAUUCAGGGGAGAAUGCAGUGCAUUAGGAUUAAUGUUAACAUCUAAGAGAAUGAUCUAAAUUCUACACAGAAAACUACCUUGAAUUGAAGAUCUCAUAAAGAAAGUGAAGAGUAAGCCAUACAAAGCAUAGAAAUGAUCUUGACUCUUAAACUAACAUGUUAGUAAUGAUUUUAAGACUACAGCCAGUUCUUCAUGGUUGCUGAUGAAUUGUAAAAGCAAACAGUAACGUUCCAGAAUACACUUUAUUUUGGUUUCUUGAGGUCUGUCUUCAAAAUCUGUCUUUGUGGCUUGUAGUAAGUCUGAGGCAUCAUUUUAAUUCAUUGUAGAUUAAAGGGAAAGUAAAAAUCUAUUGCCAUUUUUCUUCCAUUAUUCACUAUUUCAGCAACAAAUUGUGCGUAACAAGUAGCCCAGCCCACAGUAACUGGGUAGCCAGGAAAAGAAGAAGAUGUCACUUCUGGACUGUGAGAUCUUAACAAGUUAACAUAGACAGAAGAUAACAGAGGUCUGCAUGGUGCCAUGAGUGAAUCAACUACAAAUUCCAUCCACUUUCUGUUUUAAUGGGUAUUCCAGAAAUCCACGCCAUUUUGCCCUAAUUCAUACUUUUCCUGAUGAUCCCAGUAGAUUCUGGGCUGUUUUAACAAGUAAAUCUGUUGCUGUCUCUCGUUCUAGAAGGCACAGCUUAAGCUUAGCCUAAACCACACAUCUACAUUCAUGUACUCCGUGCUGUAGCUCAUCUGUGUGCAAUGAGAUGAUUUAUUCUCCAGCUUUCUGCCCCCAGCAUAGUUCACAAGCAAUAAAUUCAGGUUUGGGUCAUCACAAGCUCUAUUUGGGGAAUCCUCCUUCUGGCUGAGGUCUAAAUAUGACUUCAGUAUCACCAAGUCUUUUGAAACCAAGGCAGCUGGAGCUGUUUCAGGCUAGAGCUAACGCUGCCUCCAAGAAGGAUUUCCUCUUGGUGGCUCCAGCCUUUUGCCAGGUUGCCAAUCCACUGGAGGUUAAACAGGAGGAUGUGAACAGACAGUGCCGCAUUGGUGUUUUGGGUGGCUGCAGACUAAAGCAUUCAGUUAUCCUAAAUAGGGCAGUCCUGGUACGCAGAGCCUCUGUCAAGAUAACAGCAAAGGACCGUUUUCCUGGAAAGGCUCUGCACCAUCCUUACCCAACAAAAUUGUGUAUCAAAGCCCUUGUUUGUUCACUUACACAAUAUGUUUCUUUAAGUUUUCAUACCACUUAGCAUACUAGGUUGUUUUAUCAUGUCUUGCUGCUGCACUGCUGCCUUGGAUAAUAGGAAGGCUUUGUGUAAAGCAGGCAGAGCAAAGGAAACUGUCUUUUAUUCCUUCAUACUCAGGGCUAUCUCACCAUCUCUGUGCUGAGUGAGCUUCUCAUUUUUGCCCUGGACAUGUGAAACAUGGCCUAUUAUCACAAAAAGAGAUGUUCUCAUAGGCUUUCUGACAUCCAAGAUGUGAACAGUGCUGCAGAAGAGGAUUAUGCACAAGGACUCCCGUGAGGAGUCAUAACCUACCAGUGACCCGGCAUAUCACAGCCUUCCCCAACUUUUGCCUCACUGCUAUGAAAUAAAAUUAUUACUGGCCUGUCAGAAAUAUAACUCAUUUUUUUCUGUUUUUAAAUUACGUGCUAGUUUUUGUCCUAUAGAGGUGCUCGUCCUAGUUUUAUUUUUAAUUACAUUGGCAACUUAGCCCAGCCAGCCAUCUGAAGUAUUGAGCGCUGCCCUCUGAAUCCCAAUGUGAUGUCAGUCCCAGUGGUUCAAUCAGACCAGUAGAUGCAAACCAACCCUCCGUAGUAGGUUUUAGCAAUACCUCUCCUAGGAUUAAGCUAACAAAUCUGACAAAACAAAGAGAUGAUUCAUAUGUCUGCCAGCGAAUGCAAUUUCUUGCCAUGUUCCCAGUUUACUUUUUAAAGUGGGUAUGGCCAGCAAGCAAUGUUUCUUUAGCCUGUGUUGAGGGAAGGCAUUUUUUUAUUGCUUUUCUGUCGACCGUGCAUGUUUAGAGUCAGAUAUUCUCAUGAGGAGGGGCAUUUCUCAGUGCACCAGCACUUUCUUUUAGGGCUCACUGUGAGUACCGUUCACUCUGCAAGGGGCAUCAGUCAGAGCUAAAAGCUAGUUUAGAGAAAUUGGAUCUUGGCAUUUUUUACUUGAUGGGAAGCAAGAGGAUGGUGGAAAAGGGCUUGUGUAUCAAAUACCAGGAGAUUGUAGUGUUUCGAGAGCCGAGGGGAUUUGGGGACUUGGCUAUCAAGCUGAAUUAAAUUAAAAUGGUCUCUGCAGAGACAGGCUUAAUAAAGAGGAUAAAGUGAUCCAAAGGACUGUAGCUCAUUCACAUGGGACCAGAAGAAGAAACGGAGGGAAAUGAAUUCUGCGGGCAGGCUGCUGCUUUUGCUGAGUAGCUGUGUUGGUUGGUCAGAAAGCCCAGCUCAGCAUCCCUCCCAGCUUCAGGAGGAGCCUGGAGUCAGACGCCAGCCUGCCUGUUCCAAGUUAGUGCACGGGAGGUCAAAGCAGGUAGGAGAGAGGGCAAAAACCACCAGUUGAUGAAGAAAAGGUUACAGUACAUUUCACAGGAUUAAACAAAGGCAGGGUCUCAAAAAGAGCCUUUUUCUGCUCUUCUUGCUAGCAAGGAAAAGGUGCAGGAUGCAGCCAUUACAACAGACGUCACUAAGCAUCAAAAAUACUUUCUGCCUUUCCAAUGCAACAACAGUUUUGUCUCCAUGGCCUACAUUCUGUAAUAGAAAUUGUUUUGAAUAGUAAAUAACCUAUGCAUACCCAUAAUUUAUUGCAACUGUUAGACUGUCAGGACAGUGAGAAAGGAUAACAGAACAUGCCACCUGGUAAUUUUUAAUGUAUUCUAAAAUACAUAAAACUACGUACAGAACAGUAGUUUAUAUAAGAAUAGAUUUAAUACAAUGUGCUAGCUACAGUGGGAACAUUUUAAGGCUGUAUAUACACUGAGCUUUUUUUAGUAAAGAGGAGCUGAUGCAAUCUAUGCUACUGACACAUGUAUGUACUCUUUCAAUAUAGGAAUAAAACGUAGUUAAUGAGA